AUGCGAAUCUCCAUCGGAGAAUGCCCCCGGGGACAUCGUCGGGUCGCCUUUCGGAGUGCUCCUGCCGCGGUACAUCAAACACGACUGCAAGGCCGCUUUUCGGAGCUUGAGGAAGCCUCUGCUGUGGUUUGGGGCUUUGAAGUUCACAUUCAGGACGUCGUGGAAGCAUUCGCUGAAUUCCACAACGCAUCGGGCCACCUGUGCCACCAGGCCACCCAACACAUUUACGGCGAAGAGACGGAAGUCCUGGCCCACUUCUUCCUGAUUAGAAUCCUCAUCCGGUAUGUCUUGUACGGACUUGUCCAGCGUGGCCGUCUCACCAUCUCCACCCACUGCAUCACUACUACCCACGAAGUCGCGACUCACAAUGUAAUCGACGAAGCCGCCAUCGGAGGCGUCCGCAGAUCUGCAGCACUCGUAGUAGCUGACGAAGCUGCUCUCCAGACGUGGAAGGCUGAAGCUUUUCUCGAAAAGCAGGCGCAAAAACUCGAUUAG